AUGUCUAUUAACAACUUUGAAUUUAAAAGUCAUUUUGCACUGAAAAUAAAAUUAAAAUCGUUGAACCUUUACUGCGAAGAUUUCAACAACGUGUUAAAGUUAAAAUUCAGAAUUUAUUAUGAUGGAGAAGACGAGAGAAAGACAUACCUAUCCCAGGAAAGGACUGGGAUCAUAGAGAUACUCAAUGGGGACUGUAACAUGAUGCUCAAACAUAAUAUAAACAAAUCUUUCUACUUACCAAUCGUGUGUCUGAAGGGAGAGAAAUGUCCUCAAUUCAUAAAUAUUAUUUGUAACAUAGGAAAAAAAAGAAAAGACCUGGGAUUAAAACUAUAUCUGAGUAAAAAUUAUUCUUUUUUAAAGCAUUAUGGCUCAUAUAAAGUGUAUAAUCUAUAUGACUGCAACAGCGGUAUUGCAAAAGGACACCUGGAAUUGGCAUUAGACAUAGUCAACUACAAUCACCCUUUACCCUACUUUGGGAAGAAACAAAUUGAAAUGGGGUUGGAUGAUCACUACUUGUUAGCUACUGAAAUUUCGAUUAGCAAGCUAUGGAAGGAGAUGCUGAUACACAGCACGGAUAGGGAUACCGAUGCUUAUAUAGAAUCUUUUAGAAUAAUUCCGGAAAAUAACUUAAGCAGAGUUCAGGAGAUGAGCAGGAAUAAUUUACUGAGUUUAUUUCGUGGUUCCUCCAAGAAUGCCUAUGAAAAAGUACCAUUGCCUCUAAUAUCAUCCUCUAACUUGUUUAAUUAUUUUUACAUGGAAGUUUGUCCACAGUAUAAGAAAAACAAGCAUUCUUGGUUAAGAAUUUUUAAUGACGUAUACGACAUGUACUUUAUGUAUGAUGAGAUAAGAGCAUGUGCUUUAUUUUUCUACUUGGAAAGCGCAUUCAUUAGGAUGGCUGCAAACUUUGCAAAACACUAUAAGGUAAACUUCGGUCACAACUUUAGAUAUAAAAAGAUAACUGGAAAAAGCCCCUUGGAUGUUUUUAAGUUCUUUGAAAGGGAUGAGGUUUACGUAACAAAUGAUUCAUAUGUAUUAGGGGAAGGUCUGAUAGGAAUUUUGAUUUUUGGAGAUGACAAAACGGAUACAAGCCUUGCUUACAAGAAAUAUAAUAGAGAACUGAAAGCUCAUCAAUGGAUAAACAAAGGAAUAGCCAAAGUUAAAAAUCAAAAUUUGAAAAUAUUAUCGAAUGCGUCACAAGGAGGCGAAGUGAAUGAGACGGUUUCCUUGUCUUUGUUGUCCUUCAACUUGAGCACGCUGGUAUCAUAUAAAGGGUUCAAAAUGUAUGUCAUUCCAUCUCCUGUUUUUCCUCUGGAGAUAAUGAGAUUAGACCAAAUCAAUGUGGAACUCAAACACGAACUGAAUCUUUUGGAAAAGGCUAUUCCCACGUAUGGUCUACUGAAACUCGAAAACAGAAAGGAUAUAUUCUUGACUCAAUAUCAUUCGAAAUAUAAUUACGUGUUUUACAAUAUCAAUUCAAUGUUAGCUCAUUCGAAUAAGAGACAUUUCCCUCUUUUCGAAAAUCCUGAGUCCGUAGCUUGCGAUAUGCAGGGGCAGAAGGACAGUGGGAUAUAUAAAGAAAAGUAUUUUUACUCAAAUUACAUAAAAGUGAGAAGAAAUAUUGAUUUGUAUCAUGAAGAUGUGUAUGUAAAUAGGAAUGGAAAAUCCAUACAUGAGAAGUAUACAGAUAUACAUAUAAAAAAUUGUGUAAGAGAAAUUGAAAGCCUGUCUUUCAGUGUUCCAUUUGAUAGCAUAUCUCUAAAAAUGCAUUUACACAGUAGAGGAAUAAAAAUGAAACAUCUUGGAAAAAUGCUUAGUUUUGUAUCCUUAAGAUGGUUACAUGAUAUGAUCCUUAAUGAAAUUCUUAUUCGUUGCAUAAAAAGAUAUGUCUUUUCAUGUAUGCGUGAGAUAUGUAUAUUUUAUAAAAAAAAAGUGAAUCAAUAUUUGGCUAAUAAUUUGUUAAAAGGACAACGUAGAAAUAUGAAGAAUACAGAAAAAAAAAUUUCAGAUUCGUAUGAAAAUUUUCACUUUUCUGUAGAAUCAGAAAAUUUGAGCGAUGAGGUAGACGAAUUUGAAGGACAAGGAAUAAAUCCUUGUUACUUCCCAAAUGAGAAAAAAAAUAUGUACUCUUCAAAAACAUUCUCUCAGGAUAGUGAAUAUUAUACGGGUUCUUCUGAAUCUACCUAUAGUUUAUGCUCUCCAAAUAAUUGUGAGAAGAAACGGAAAAUGUGCUCAAAGAAAAAAGCGAUGAAGUCAUUCAUAUGUAUGAAGAGUAUGCUUAGUAAGGAGGCCAUAUUGGAAAACCACAUGUUUAGAGUUAUUAUGAGAGGAGAAGAUGCAGAUACCAUCGACUCAACUGAAGAUCGAAAUAUGAAUAAAAUUGAGCAGCAUAAUGAUGCACUAAGUUGCGAUUAUGUGCUGAACAAGCUCCUAAAUUUUGACGAAUUCACAAAAUACACCAACGCAAAAAUGUACAUAUUAAAGAAGUCAAAAUAUAUGAAGAAAGAACCACAAGAGAGUUUCCACAUCAUGCAAAAGAGAUAUAAAGGAAAUGUCACCCUAAUUGAUAUGUUCAUAAUUAACCUGUUCAAUUUGAUAUUCACACAGAAGGAUAGAAAUGAUUGCCGUCUCUUAUCAGUGUUAAAAAAUAUAUGUUCAAAAUAUUUUCAUAUUAGUUUGUGUAACACGAUAGAAGAGUCAUACAAGAAUUACUUGUAUGAAAAUUUGCAAAAAUCUUUGGGAAUUUUUUUCUAUCAUUCAUCCCUAGUAGAAUAUAGCAAGAAAAAAAAUAAACUAAAUAAAACUUUUUCUAUGCACCAUUUAAAAUCAUAUAAUUUGAAAAUUAAAAGGUCAUUAAAUAUUAUGUACAUAGAUAUACCCAUGUAUAGGUAUAUUCAGUAUCCUGAAAGGAUAAGUCUGAAUAUAUCAAAUGACAAGAAAAAAAUUUUGUCCAAUUUUAUUUUUUUCACCUUAAUGUAUUAUCAUCAUCAUCUUAAUGUAAAUAACGAAGUGUACACAGAACAACUGCUCAUGAAUGAGUGGAAAAUUAAGAAAAGUGGAAAAAUGAAAAAGGAAGAUCUACCAACUGAAAAUGCUGGGAUAUAUAAAACUCGAUUAAACUCUCUUUUAGCAUCAAAAGAUAAUAUAACAUUGUACAAUAAUUCAAAUUACCUUACAAUUUAUGGUCUAUUAAAUAUAAUAGCAUUGGGAAUAAAGCUUGGUUUUUUCGAAGGUGCUCUUAAAAUUUCUACUUCUUUUUUUCGAUAUAUUCCAGAAAAUAGUGUUAUUUCUGUUCAUGUUCGAAUUAUGUGGCUUUAUAUCUAUGCGUUGAAGGAAAGUUAUGACAAGAUUGGAAAUUUUCAUAGAAUCCAAAAAUCAGAUGAAAAUAUGAUUAAGAAGUCAUUUAGAACGGAUAAUUUGGACAAUAUACCCUACGAGGUGCAAAAUAAACACAAGGUUGAAAAAUUUACCAAAGGGUGUAGUAGAUCUAUACCAGGUAGGGGUAUUUUCCUUUUUGAUGAUCAAGAAAGUGUGGACUGUGCAAAUUACAGUGAUUUUUCAACUGAUAUUUUUGAGGAAAAAUCGAUUUCUCAUUUUAGUAAAAUUUCAAGCGAUUGUUUCGAUCGCACUAUUGAUAAAAAUCAUUGUGAGAAAACUUUUCAGUGGUCUAAUUUGGAGAAGGAGAAUAUUUCUUUUCGUUCUGGGGGCACGCUGGAUUUGUACAAAAAGACGCAUGAAAUGUGUUCAACUAUUUUGAAAAACUAUUUUGUCUUUUUCCAUCCUAUAUAUUUGGAUUUUUAUCUCUCUCUGGCAUGGUACAACAAGAGUGUAAAUAAUUACUGUGAAUUCUUGCUUCUCCUCAGAACUAUAAUUUUAUUGCAACUGAAUAUGAGUUCAAAGAAUUAUGUUAGUGAAAAAGUAGAAAAUGUAGUAAAACUAAGCGACAAUUUUGAAAAUUUAGUUUACUUUAAUUUUGAUAUUUCUGCAUAUAAUCAUAGUAGUAAGAAGAAUGAGAAAGAAGCAGGAUCUAAAUUCUUAGAUAAGGUUAGAAACAUAUCAAGUUUUUUUCUGAAUAAUAUAUGUUACCCUCAUGAGGAUAUAUUUUUCUGCUGCAAUAUAGAAACAACAGCAAAGUAUAGUACUGUUUUUAGCAUCCGUUUGGGAUGUACUGUACACUAUUUUUUGAAUUCUUUAUUUUAUUACUACAAUAAAAAUAGAGUAAUUAGAAUGUAUAAGAAUGAGAAUUUUGUUAUGAAUGGAUCACUUUGCUGCAUAAAUGUUUUGGAGUAUGUACGAGACAUUUUUAGAUUCUUUGGUUCUGAAAAUGUGUAUGUUGCUAGAACUUCCCUUGAUUUAUCUCUCAUGACUUUAAAGACAUAUUUUUACGAAAUGAUAGAUUUUAGUGGUAAUUGUUUGAUUGCCUAUGCACUGGCAAAUGUACAUCAUGCGGAGAAGAUUUUUCGUAAAAUUUUCGGAAUAAACCACAUCGAAACAUUGUACAGUCUGUAUGUUCUGAGCAUUAUCUAUUUGCAUCUAAACAAUGAAAGGAGCUUGUAUAUAUUUGAAGAGAUAUGCUACUAUUUGCUGAAUUACAAGUACUCAUAUGAUGAGGACAAUGUAAUUAAUACAGUGUUUUGGUAUAUACCUGACUUGGUAGAAACACAUGAAGGUGUUAAUGGGAAGUUAGUUUUGAGGAAGAACAAAAUAAAAUGGUACCUUUUGCAUAUCUGGUUCAACAUUUGUAUAGGGGUAAAAUAUAUACGGAAGAUCCGAAAAAUAUUGUUUCUCUUAUGUUGUGCUGAACGAUGCAAGAGAAGAAAAAACAAAUGUGGAAGAAGGAAUCAUGAUAAGGAUACUAAAGGAAAUAAUGAAAAUAACAUUUUUGGAAAAAUUAAUUCUUAUUUUGACAAACGAUGUGAUAAUAUUCUUGGUGAAGGUGAUACUCUUAGGGAUUAUUGUUUACAAAAUUUCGAUGAGGAACAUUUAUUUCCUUAUGAUCAACUUGUCUCAUGCAUACGUGGGUACAGAUAUAUUUUUACAAAAGAAGAAUUAUUUAUCCAGAUGGAUGAAUAUAACGAUUUGUUGAAAUAUAACAAAUGUGUGUUAAACGGAAAUACAACCACAAUAGUGGAAAAUAAUGAAAGAGCAACAAACACCAUUCCAGGUAUGCAAGAUGUAGAUAAAAUUCGGUUAUUGCCCUUACUAUGGAGUCGAAUCGAUAAAAGACGUGUCAAUACAAAUGAUAUAUUUUCAAACGGAUUAGUAAAGAGUGAUAUGUGUUACAAAAAUGAAUUUGCGAAUUAUGAAUAUCAUCCUCACUUUCGAAAUGAUGAGACUGUAGAAAAUUAUAUAAAAAGUGAAAAUUGGGACAAUAAUAUAAAUGGGAGGGGAAAAAAAAAAAAAAAAAAAUCUGUCACAGAUUAUUAUUUGAAAAAAUUAAUUAACAUGGUAGAAAAUCAUGCUGAGUUGCUAUAUAAGGAAGAAAAAUAUGAACUCGAUACUAUGCUACAUGUAACCAACAGGAAAAAUAAAAAUUAUGAAAAUGUAUCACUAAUCAAAUUUUUAAAAAUGCAAAAAUUAAAAGUGAAUAAUAAAAGGGAUGACAAAAAAUUUUCUCUCCUUAAGCAGAAUGACAAAAUCAUUUUUGAUAAUAGCGAAAUCGAUACUGUUUCUUUUUUAAAUUCCAAAAACGGUGCUGACUAUUCAGAAGAUUCUUUGGAAAAGUCAAUUAAUACAGGAAGAGAUUAUCCAAAUAGUGAUAAAAGGGAUAAGGGGAGGGUACAUUAUAAAUGUGUUAUGCAAAAAAAAAAUCAGAAUAUACAGAAGGAUGCCCUAAUGGUGAGCAAUGAUGUGCAUAUCCUGAUAAGCUUGAUUUACCAUUUUUUCAAUUUUGAGAAGUUUCAGCAGUUUUAUUCGAGAGAGACAUAUGGGGGGAUAAAGCAUUCAACAAAAGCAGAACAGCAGGUAAAGUACAGCGUGUAG